AUGGAAUCCCCCUUAACCCAACAAAGUAGACCCGAAACCUUCAAGCCUAAGAUCGUGCAACUAUACGAGAAUCUAUUCCAAACCACCGACUAUGCAGAGCCAUCGGAGGGAUUUUGGCGAGAGUUUUUCUUGUUGCCUCCGGAUCGUACUCGGCUCACUACGGUCUUGAACCAGCUUAGUCCUGACGAGACCCUCAAUUUACAGAUUCAAACACAGCAACUGUUUGCUCGCGCAAUUCGCGAAGCUGCCUCCGCCUCCAGUCCGGUGGAUUCCUAUGCUUUAGAGGCAUGUGUCCUGAAGAAAAAGUACACCAACCCCAGCUCGGAUGUCAUCACUGUUCUUGCGGGUCUCGAUCAUGUGGACCAUGUGAUUUCGAACUUUGUCACUGUCCUGGAUGGCAUCAUCCGCAAUGGCAGCAGCUUUGAUAUCCGGCUCAAGGCCAUAAAAGCCGCCAUCGCCAUGACUAGCGGGGCGUACAAGACCAGUCUGGUCUCUUACUUUACACACCGGGACCUGUUUCCAUCUCUCAUGAAGUUCGUCCAAGAAACAGAGACCCCAAUGCAAAUGUUCGAGCCAUUCGUGCUUCUGGGUUUGCUGGCAAACUACAACAAGUUCGAAUUCCAAAACCCCUACCAGCUGCGACUCGAUGACUUUGUCAACGAGGCCAGUAUCCAGAAGAUUGCCAAGGGAGUCGGUCUCUCCUGUGGCGCUCUGCGAAACGGCUAUGUUGCAGUGCAAGACGACUCUCCGGAGGGCUGGUCUCUCAUUAGUACCUUGAUGUAUUUCGGAUUGGGUGUACUUGCCCCGGGCAAAAAAGACAAAGCCGGCACACCAACGGCGGAAGAGGCCAAAGAUCUGUUUGCAGCACUACCGGCCCAACAAGCAGCCAUCCUCCUCGCCACCUACGACUUCAUCAACGCCAACAAGCUCUUCGGCUACCAUCUCAUCAAUGCGGCUCCAGAAAAGGACAACGAGGAGACGCCAUUCGCCUCCUUCCUCUCCCUAACCUCAUACCUCCUACAGCAUGCCUACCGGUCCCCAAGAGUCGCCCACUACGCCGAGCUGAACCUUCUCACCCUGCGCAUCCUCUCGGAAGACAGCACGCUAUGCAAGCAACUCUGCAGCGAAGAAAGCAAGCGCAGAGUGCGCCUCUGCCGUCAAAGGCAACCAUACCUACCCCUCGUCAACGGAGAUCGAGUCUUAGUAACCGCCAUCUUUGACAUCCUUAUCGACACCCUAACCCACAACCUCCGACGCCGACUCGACGUUAACCUCUACAGCCACUGCAUAUCCAUCUUCCUCCGCCUCCUGACCUACCUCUCCAUGAACAAAAUCCGACUCACUUACCACUGGUCCGAACUCUGGCGUACCCUUCUCUCCCUCACGCGCUUCCUAACCACCUACGCCCCGGACCUAACCAGCAACCCACACAUUACAACCCUAACCACCACCCUCAUCAACCUAAUUGCCUUCUGCGUCUCCUCCGGCGACACCUUCCUCCCGGACCCCCUCUCCUACGAUGACCUCUUCUACAAGCUCGUCGAAACCGGCCCCAUCAUCACGCGUUUCCGCGACGUCUACAACUUCAAGGCAUCCGCAUCUGCAGGUGCUGGUGCAGAUAGUAACAAAGAAGUCCACGUAGCUGCCAUCGAUACGCUGAUUUCCGUCUCUACGCACUUCUAUACGUUGUUGUUCGUGGAUCCGGGUCAGAAUGCCGAGGCGGCGGGGAAGAGUGGCGAGGCGGCGCCUGUGCCGGCGAACUUGAAGAAGAAUUUGAGUCCUAGGGAGGUGCACCGGAUUAUCAAGCAAGGGUAUGAGACGUUGAGUAUUCAGCCGCCGGAGGGGUUGGGGGCAUGGACGAGGUAUCGUGAGGCGGAUUGGAAGACGGAGUUGAAGAGGGCGGCGAGGUGUGCGGUUGAUGAUGCGAGGGGGUUGGUUGUCUAG